AUGAAUUUAAAUAACAAGCAUGAGAGAUUUAGUUCAGAUGAUUCUGUUGAUAUGAGUGAUUAUAAAAUUGAAUCUUCAAAGAAAUAAUCGACAAUAAAGUAUUCUAAUUCAAAAUCAUCAUCAUCAGAUGAAAGUUUGACAGAUAUGAUAAAAAAGAAGAGACAAUAGAUUAAUAAGAAAGUUUAUGGAAAAGAAGAGUAAUAAUAACUAGAAUUAGAUGAUGCAACUUUUGAUUUAUCUGAUACUUGUAAUAAGUAAUACUUAUAUUAUUAGAUAACGAUUCUAAUAAGUUCAAAAAUGGAAAUGAAUCAACAUUAGAAUCAAGGAUAAAGAAAUUAGAACAAGAAUUGAAUACUAGUGUUAAAUCUACUCUAUAAAGAAACUAUUAGCAUAAUCAAUCUGCGUCUAUGACAUCAGUUGAUUCAUUCUCAAUUGAUUUUAAGCAGUUUCAAUAAUAAUCAGAUCUCAAAGUCAAUUAUUAUAAUAAUCGACUUGAAUCACUUAGAUCUAAAAAUUAGGAACCUGCAAUAGAAUGGAAAAGUAUAAAUUAUUAUAUUUAUACAAGAAACUCGAAAAAUAGAAGAAUUUGAUUUUGAAAUUUCAAAUCUCUAAUAAGAACUUGAAUAGUUAAAAGAUAGUCUAAAUAAAGAAGAAAAAGAAUAAAAUAAAUAAAAAAUUAAAUUAAAACAUUAGUUAAAAUAAUAUACUUAAUCAAAUUCUGAUGAAGAUGAAUAAGAAUAUAAAGAAAGAGUUUAUGAUUUACCAAUGCAAUAAAAUUAAUAAAAAACUAAAAAAGUAGCAUAAAGUUCAAAAAAAUCAUCUCAUCAUUCUGCUGCUAGUGAAUAAAAUCAAAAUCAAAUAUAGAAUACAAAUUUUAAGAAAAAAUCAAGAACUGAUAUUGAGGUUAUUGAUGAAAUGUCUGAAUAAAAUUCAAAGGAUUAACAUAAGGGUAAUGAAAUUUUAAUAAUCAAUUUUAGAAGUUAAUUUUGAUGAUUCAGAUAAAUUAAGUGAAAAUGAAAAUUAAGAGAUUCCUAAACAAAAUCAUAAAAAAUAAGCUUCAAAAAAAUAAUCUUCUCUUCAAAAUUUACCUAUUUCAACAAUUGAAUUUAAGGAAAAAGAUGGAAAUGAUGUGAGUAUCGAUGUUGUUCCUUAGAAACAUCAAACUAAUAAUUAAAUGCCUUAAAUUUUGACCGAAAAUCAAUUUCCAAAUACUUUAAUACUUCCAUCAAAAACUUCUUUAUAAUGUGAUGUUUCAAGAUUAUAUAAACUUAAUAAGGAAGUAGAAGUUUUGUAAUUAUUAGAUUAAUAUAAAAUAGAUAAUAAAUAGAGAAGAUAAGAGAUAAGUUAAAAAAAUCAAUAAAUAAAAAAAUGAAUAGUGAAAAAGUAGUAGAGUAAAUUAAUUUAUUAUUUUAGACGUUAUGAUCCAUCAUUCACAAUGUCAUCUAAAACAAAAAUAAUGAAUAAGUCUGGAAAAUUGCAUUGUCCUAAUUGUACUUAUCUACUUAAUAAAGGGAUGAGUACAGCAUAUUGUCAUUGCAAUAAAUGA